UUACUUGAAGGAUGUGCUGGAAAUCUUAACGUAUAUUUGUGGGAUACUGUUCCUGGAAUAUCAUUCUUGUUAAUAAUUAGAAACUUUUUAUUCAAGCAUUAGUAGACACCUACAAGUAAUUACAGUUCAGAAAGUAGUGGAUUUGAUACAGUAAAACCACUCUCAUGAGCAAAACCAAGUUAUCCCAGUAAAAGCACACAUGGAUAGUAUAGUUGCAUCUCCAUCAGUGAUGACUUCUCGAAAAGCUGUGCUGAUCAGGGAUCCACACCUCUUCGCACUCUUGUCUGAUAUGAUUGUGCCUGCAGGAGUCAGUAGCAUAUAUCUGGACUUAUCUUUAUGAGAACUGUUCAAAACCAAAUAAUUGUUAGUGUAUGGGGGUUGAAGGGAGGGCAGAACGAAGGAUCAUCUGGAGAAUAUCUUUAAAAAAGGAGCAAGUUUCCCAGGUGAGUAGGUGUUCCAAAGGAGCAGAUCAGAAACAGUCUGCAGUUCAUAAGUAUACAGGCAGAAAAUGGAGUAGCUUGUAUAAAUAGAAAAGACAGCGUGAAAAGUAGUUGCUUGAUCAAAUUAGAAGGCACACUGAGGACUCUUACGUUUCUGAAAUUUGACUUGGUGAUUGGACAAAUCUAGUGUUACAGAUAUCUGAAAGUGCCUUUCAGAGCCUCCAUAUUGUAAAUGACAAGUAUGUGAAGGUAUGGUCACUUCCAUUGUGACUACAUCUGAUCUAAAAAAUAAACGUCAGUACUAGAGUUCUGUGCAUUUUAGAUGCAACACAGCCUGCAUUUUAUUUAGGAAUACCACAAGAUAAGCAGAUGGUUUGACAGUGGAAGAAUUCAUUUGUUUGUUUCAUACACCAUAUUUUUUCUGCUAAGUACAUGAAUGUUAAUAAGCUUGUUUUAAUAUGACACUGUCCUCUCUGACAGGUGCUUCAGUAUAGCAAUAAAAGAUCAAGUUCCCUGUGAAAAGUUGCUCAUGCUUUAAAGCAAAACAAUUGCUAAACAUUAAAGGGAUGCUGAUGAAUCAGACUGGGCCAAAAAUUUAGUUUUUGUUAAUAUGAAAGGACGCUUUUAUAGAAGUUUAAACAGGUCUGCCAAAAUGUCCGAAAGAUCAGAUAUCCUUCACUUCAAGUUUGACAAUUAUGGAGAUUCAAUGUUACAAAAAAUGAACAAACUGAGAGAAGAAAAUAAGUUUUGUGAUGUUGUAGUUCACAUAGACAAUGUUGAGGUUCAUGGACAUAAAAUUGUGUUUGCUGCAGGCUCCCCCUUUUUAAGGGAUCAGUUUUUGUUGAAUGACUCCAGAGAGGUUAAAAUCUCCAUUCUGCAGAGUUCAGAAGUGGGAAGGCAGUUGCUUUUGUCCUGUUACAGUGGCAUUCUGGAAUUUCCUGAGCUGGAGCUGGUAAAUUAUUUGACUGCUGCAAGCUUUCUUCAGAUGAGCCACAUUGUGGAACGAUGUACACAGGCUCUCUGGAAGUUUAUAAAACCUAAGAAGCCAUUGGAGAGCAAGGAGGAUUGUGAACAGCAAAGUGAUUCUUCUGACUUGAAAGAACACCAAGGAGAUGAGGAUUCUCUGCAGCAGGAUUCACUAUGUAUUCAAACCUCAGAAGACAGUAUGGACAUGGAAGAUAGUGACAUUCAGAUUGUGAAGGUGGAGUCUAUUGGGGAGGUGUCUGAGGUGAGGAAUAAAAAAGAUCAAACCCAGUUUAUUUCUUCUGAACAAACUGCUUUACAUUCAUCAGAGCCUCAGCACUUUUUAAUCAAUUCCACUGUGGAAAACAGAACGAGCGAAAUAGAACAAAGUCAUCUUCACAACUAUGCCCUUUCUUAUGCUGGCAGUGACAACUUCAUCAUGGCCUCUAAAGACAUGUUUGGUCCUAACAACAGAGGUAUAGACAAAGGUCUCCAAUGGCACCACCAGUGUCCCAAAUGUACUAGAGUAUUCCGGCAUCUGGAAAACUAUGCUAAUCAUUUAAAAAUGCAUAAACUGUUCAUGUGUCUGCUGUGUGGUAAGACGUUCACUCAGAAAGGCAAUCUCCACCGACACAUGAGAGUACAUGCAGGGAUCAAACCUUUUCAGUGUAAGAUCUGUGGGAAAACCUUCUCUCAGAAAUGUUCUUUACAGGACCAUCUCAAUUUACACAGUGGAGACAAGCCUCAUAAAUGUAACUAUUGUGACAUGGUCUUUGCACAUAAACCUGUUCUGAGGAAACACCUUAAACAGCUGCAUGGCAAAAAUAGUUUUGACAAUGCCAAUGAAAGAAAUGUUCAAGAUAUAACUGUAGACUUUGAUUCUUUCAGUUCUAGCACUGCCACCGACAGUAAGGUCUGUCAACAGGCUGAUGCAAGCCAGAUACUGGAUGCGGGGAAAUUGGCUCAAGCUGUGCUCAAUUUAAGGAGUGAUAGCACCUGUAUCAAUUAAAAACAUUCAUUCAAGCAGCCCUUUAUAGGCCUCAUGAAGCAAGGAACAAAAGUUUGGAUUUGGGCCUGUCACCAAGGCAGAUGGUAUGACAUAAAAGGUGUGCAGGUGGAUGAUUGAAUUACAAAACCUAGCAAGUUGUCAGCCUUCAUUCUAGUCUUGUUAUUUUUUGUGAGUAGCAAACUAGAAUGCAGGUUCCUGUGUGUGUCCCUAUUGGUGAGCAUGGGGUUAUAUUCUGGAUUUGUAACUUUGGAUCACUUAAUCUGAUUUGAAGAUUUGGGUCUGUUAUCUUUUUGAAGGAUUCUUGCUGUGAGUAGUCACCAAUUAAACUGUGCUGUGAAGGGCUGCUGUAUGUAUGGGAAGAUGGAAGAAAUAGCAGAGAGGAUAAGCCUAUGAGAUAAAACCUGACUUUUUUUCCAAAAAGCACUGGAUACCUGAGUUAUGUAGUUCAACUGCUAAUUUGUUUGUCUGUUAAAUCUUCAGUUAUUUGCCUUCCAGUCAUACCCAAAUCCCUAAAGUUAAAAUUAAAUACUUUUUUCCAUG